CCACCAACAGCUCCUUGCAAAACCAAUAGCUAUCCCUAUCGCAGCCUUGCGUGCAGCGUUAUCCGGCGACGGCGCGACACACGUGGACAAGCAUCUUCCCUUGUGACGCGACUGACGUCGGCUCGCGUGGGCCAGUCAACUCCGCGGUGCUGACACCAUCAUCCCACCUUUGGCGCGCAAGCUGCUUAUUGCACACCGCAUCAUGAAAUCUAGGUCUUGAACCUCUGCACGUCUGUCCUUUCCAGAAUUCCUCUGCAUUCCCUACUAGCAUCCCCCGCGGCUGUGUGACAACCCCUUCAGAUCCGGCUCGCUAUGCCGUUUUUCGCGAAUCCUUUUCCAAGGCUCCGCCAGAAUCACAGACAUAAUGUCCAGACACUCAGAUCACAGCCUCUCGCAGAGCUCUCCGGCUCGCUAGGCGACCUCGGAACGCUGCUACCACUGAUGACAGCUCUGGUCGUCACAAACUCAAUCUCGCUGCCUUCCACCCUUCUAUUCACCGGCGCAGCCAAUGCGUUCACAGGUAUCACAUUCGGCAUACCGCUGCCAGUGCAGCCCAUGAAGGCCAUCGCCGCGGUCGCCAUAGCACGUAAAUUCACGCUCGAAGAAAAUGCAGCUGCUGGGCUAGUCGUAGCAGCUCUCGUGGGAUUCUUCAGCAUGACAGGACUCCUCAACUGGGCGAACCGCGUCACGCCCAUCCCAGUCGUGAAAGGCAUCCAAGUCGGCGCCGGUCUGUCACUCUGUCUGAGUGCCGGAACAACCAUGCUCAAACCGCUCUCCUGGACGGGACCAUGGUGGGGCGAUAACCUGCUCUGGGCAAUCGCUGCAAUCCUGCUGCUCCUCAGUACCUUCGCAUACCCCAAGCUCCCCUACGCACUAAUCGUCUUCUCCAUCGGCCUCAUCCUCUCUGCUCUCGGACUUAAUGCAUCCGAUCAAACGCCGCCCAGCACCGCAAUCCUGCUUCUCCACCCCUCAGCACAGGACUUCUGGAUCGCAACCUCAACUGCCUCACUCGGCCAACUGCCCCUCACGAUCCUGAACUCUGUCAUUGCUGCCUCCGCUCUGUCCGCUGACCUCCUUCCCUCACCCCCAUAUCCCACUGCACCCUCAGUAACUUCUCUUGGCAUAUCCGUCGCGGUGAUCAACCUGCUAGGCUGCUGUUUCGGCGCGAUGCCCGCCUGCCACGGUUCUGGGGGACUUGCAGGUCAAUACCGGUUCGGCGCGCGAUCCGGGUCCUCAAUCAUAUUUCUCGGGCUGAUCAAAUUUCUACUCGGCAUCCUCGCGCUCUGGAACGGCGGGGCUAUCGUCGCGCUGCUCGCUGGGAUCCCGAAGAGCCUGCUCGGUGUGCUGGUCCUAGCGGCGGGCGUGGAGCUCGCGAAAGUAGGGGAGAGCGUAAACACCGAUGCACGGGACCUGAGGGAGCAGGAGCAAGGGCUGCCGUGGGAUGGGAAGAGGGUCAAGGAGUUGGACGAGAGGGAAAGGAAGGAGAGGUACAUGGUGUUGCUUGUCACUGUUGUGUCAAUUCUGGCGUUCAAGAACGAUGCUGUGGGGUUCAUUGCGGGGUUGGUGUGGCAUUGGGGCUUUUUGGGUGCGAGACGGCUGGAGGUGUGGAGGGAUGAGAGGGCGGGACGGAUAUUCUGGAGAAGCGUUGACAGUAAUAGGCAUGAGCGCACGGCGUUGCUGGCGCAGGAGGAGAGCGAUACUGUCGCUUGAGCGUUGGGUGGUGAGCGUUUUGAUAGUGUUGCGGCAUAGCAUUUACGGGCAUAGCGAGUACUCGAUUUGAGUUUACAACAUAGAGCGUAGUGAUGAAUGAUAUGAUUCUAUUUCAGAGGCGCUAUGGACGCUGCGAAGUUGUUGGAGUGAGGAUUGACUUGCCCCACACACAAAGUGCCCGUACUGAGUGUAAUGUUUUUAGAAUGAUUUUGGAAAUUGUCGCUUGCCCAGUUUGCCCUCGGUGCCACGAACGGUGCGCACGCACACUCAGUCACUCGUCACGAUGUCCUCCUUGCGGUUCCAAGGCAGUGCCUCGGUGUCAAGAUCACGGCCACCACGGAUCAAUUGAUCGAACUGACGGAAGACGUCU